GAUAUCAUUUUGAAGGUUGGAGCUGCUUAUAGAACCUCGGAUCACUACAAACUUGGUACUUGGCGAGUCAUAAGAAAAACGGAAUUCUGAUUGUACUACGGGCAUCCAGCGUGUGACAAUGUGGUUAAUUCCAGGUACAAGAUGCACAAUUUGCCGAGCUGACCAGGGGAGCUGUGUGGUGAUGCGCUGUCCCUGAGCACCGGAAGGUGCAGAUUAGCUGCCUUGACGCUGAUGGACGAUGAAAUUCAGGACGAUCACCAGCCAGUGGAAGGUAGAAAGCGAAAUGUGGUGAAUUGUGAACUCGGUUCCUCUCAGCGUCCCUGAAACCUGCAACAUCUCCCAGUCAUGUGGAGUUGGGUGUUCAUUUCUCUCAUAGCACUGACGGAAGGUGGUGUUGGUGCUCAGUGUUCGGUGCUGCUGCCAGAAAGGGUGGUGACAGUAACUGGUUCCUGUGCAGUGAUCCGCUGCACUAUUGACCCUCUGCUCAGUAACAUCUCCCCGGCAGCAGUGUGGAUAAAGACGGCUUCUGGACCUGAAAACCCCGCCGCCUCAAUCAUUUAUGAUUCGGAAAGUCAGCUCAGGCAGCAGGUUGGUUAUCGCGGGAGAGCGGUGCUCACUGGCAACAUUGGAGAGGGACAGUGCUCCCUUUUACUAAGGGACAUCAGACAGAGUGACGCGGGCACCUAUCAAUUCAUAGUGACAUUCUCCUCGGGAGGGGACCCUUCAGAUCAACACAGUGAACAUUCGUCCGUCAAUCUCUCUGUUUUCGACAAACCACAGAUUUCAGGGUUUGGGACAAUGAUCGCUGGGCACACGACUCGACUCACCUGUUCAGUCAGUCACAACUGCCCUGAUGGCAACCUGCAAGUGAAAUGGGCAUUUUACAACAUGUCCCUCCCACUUCCCUGGGACACCAGAGAUGGAGCCGAAAUCCUGGAUGAAAGUUCAGGUUGUUGGACAGUUUCAUCUGUGCUGACAUUGACCCCAUCGCCUGCUCAUCACCGAGCUAUGCUAGCGUGCAGUGUUCUCAUUGAUGGCUCCAAAAGUUCUGAUCCAAAAACUCUUACCUUGGAGGUUAAAUACAGGCCCACAAUACUCACAGGGCCGACCUGCACCAGAUCUGGGAAUGGGACAGAUUGUACCUGCAGCUCGGAAGCCAAUCCAACAGCCAACAUGACAUGGGCCAUCAAUGGGAGAAUCAUCACUGGGAACAGGUCAGAUGGAGAAGUCAUCGCCUGGCCGGUGAAUAGAUACCACGUACAGAGCUCCCUGCGGCUGGGACACUCAAUUACAACUGGAAUGGUCAUCUCGUGUGCUGCAGCGAAUGGGCACGGUGAUAGUGUCAGCACCUACCAACUGCACUCUGACGGAAUACAUUCCCGGACAAUUCUCUUCAUUAUUGGGGGUGGAGCCUCUGGGCUUGUUGUUUUAAUUGCAGUCCUGGUCGCUGUGAAGAUACGAGGGAUGAAACGGGAAGAAGCUGCUGGUCUGUCUGAAAGGCUGGAAGAUCGGAUGAUUUGCAGGACUCUCCAGGACACAGUAAACCCUGAGAGAAAUGUUCACAGUCACGGUGGGGAAUUGAUGAACCCCAUGCAGGAUGAAGAGAUUGUGUACACAGCCAUCAAAUUCGCCAAUGUGAAUGGGAGAUGCAGCCUGAGAGUGAACAUCAAUUAAAACAGAACUGCAAAUGAGCAGGAGAUCUACCCUCAGCUUGGAUGGUGAUGGAAGUGAGCAGACUUUAACCCAGCUGAUGUUAUGGAGUUAGACAAACAUCAUCGCUUUGCAAUAAAGACUGUGAGAAUAGAGAUUUUCCUGAAGGUGGAUGCAAUGUUUUCAUUUACAGCCACAAUCUCAUGUUUAGUUACAGUAGGAUAGUAACUUUUUAAAAUAUUCUUUUAGUGAUCAUGUUUUCCUCUGUAUUGUGAAUCUACUUUGCAAAUCAUUUUAAACAUCUCCUCUUGUCAUUAAGCUGCUGAAAUGUAUUGGCCCUCACUGCGCACACUCACAACCGAGGACACGGCUAUAAAAUAAACCCCAGAAAACAGCAGAAAA